CUCAAUAGAACUGUUUAAAUUAAUUCCAAGUCCUCUACGCGAGUAGCUAUUCUUAUUCCGUUUAAUUCUUAUUAUUAUUAUUCUUAUUCUUAUUCCCCAGUUCGGGGAUAAGUUACCUCGUACGGUUUUUAUUCGCCUUUUUUGAGGGCUCAUGCGUGAGUGAGACGCCAUGAAUUGCGAAGUGUGCGAACUCAAAGAAGUGGAGGUGGAGCACUAUGAGAUUCGAGAAGUUUUGCGAUGCAUACUGCAUACAAUUCUAUUUCACAGAGCUUUGGGUCUUGUUCGACCAAAAGACGUCGACUGUGAACUUUUUGAAAUAACUUAUGUUCAAUGCGGAGAUCCAGAGAUAGAGAAGAAAAUAGAAGAUAAGAUUGAUGAGUUCAUUAAUAAGGUUGACAAACAUCCGAACAGAAGAAGCCAGAUUUGUUUAUCUUUCUACGACACCAAGAAUAAGCAACCCUCAUGGUUCAUUAGCAAAGUAGAGCGACUGUACUGGGAAACAUGGUGCAUCAAUUUGCAUGUCCUUAACCCAAAAUCACUUCCCAAGUCUCACCAGAAUAAAGUAAUAGACGCUGGAGCAUGUGCUUUCGAGGAGACUGAGUCGCACCGUGCUGCGUUGGAAUCGUCACUCCGUGAAGUUUUAUUUCAAAUUAUAAAAUUUGCCAAUGAGAAGAAGGAUCACUUGCCUCCUAUACCUUCCAAUAAAGAGGGCGCAUCAUUUCCAUACGAAAUCACAAUAGUGAGUUCGUCAGAAUCUUCUUUCGGGUGGCACGCUGAUGUUUUCAAGAGAAUGUUGCAGACGGGGCAUCCGACAAUGAUCGGCUGAACAUAUACUUAGCCUUUCAAAAGGUGCUCUCAAUAUCUUCUGAUAAAAGUUACACAUAAAGAGCCUACGAGCCUUGUGUAUACUGGAUAGAUAUAACAGUGGAGAAUUAAUAGAAGUACAUUAUAUUUAUUAUCUACACAUGAAAUGAAUGAUGAAAUUUGAACCAACGAGUCUGAUAGUUCUACUCAUGCUCUUUACUUUUAUAUUCAUCUGCGCGUGUGGUUUUAAAAUGAA